AUGUCCGAAGGGAUUGACACUUUGCAAUACCUGUACUCGCGUUCGGGGAAGUCAUUUUCCGAUGGCCCUUCUUCGAAAGCAGCGGGUGGGUCUCGUCAUGUUGCUCGACGAGACCCGGAACAUCAACAAUCAGCUGGGCACGAGACUCCCAGCUAUCACACGCCGGUGGAUAGCCACGCCAGCGGACGAGGUAACUCGUCUGGACGCUAUUCACGUCGCAAUGGUUCAAAAUACGCUCCACCAGAAAGCGUUGACCACCGCCUGAGUCCAACAAAUGAUGUGGUGGCGGCGGGAACACCUAAUCCGGCUCGAGGGUCGGAUCAGCUUGAUGGUCAAGAGCUGGACCGUGUAACGGAACGGUUGCAAGAUGACCAGGUUCACGAACGGACUCGGCGUUAUGAGCUUGAGGAUCUUGUAAGGGAAAAUUACAAUUCCCUAGCGCACGAUCGUUCGGACGAUCGUGCCGCUUUUGCGUUCGCGCAGCUUGGGAACGAACGUUCGACUCGUUCUCUUCGUGCUGAGCUGGCUGCAGCUCGUCGAGACAUCGCUGAGCUGCGUAAAAAGGUCGCUUCGCUAGUCGACCAGACUGGCUCGUUGAAACGGGAUCACUCGAGGGUGGUCUCGGCUCUCGACCGUGGAGGUGUUCGUCGCAUCUCGAAACGGGCUCGUACUGAUCGUACGGGCGGAGACGACCAGCGUAAAACGUAG